GAAGUGGUUCAUCCUCCCUUUAUAGACGAUCUGGACAGCCCUCCUAGCUGUGACGUGACUCUGUGGCUGCUGGCUGUCAGACAGGACUCACAUCUCUCCUCCUGGAUGGGGUUUUUUUCCGGACACGAAAGACACACGAGUCCCUGAGGCCAGUUUUUAACAUGGACGGCACACCUGAGUGUUUGUAAACCACUGUGACGCCACCCUCACACAGGAUGACAGGAGAUGAGACACUGCAGCACCAGACCACAUCAUGAGCAUCCAGAGUCUGGGAGGAGCUAUAGGGGAGUCCCUUGGCUCUAGCCUGACGGUGCGUAUGAGUGGAGCAGGUGGCGGGUGGAGUGCUCUCUCUCUGAAACCCGUUUCCUCUGGACGGAUCACCUCGAUGUUCCAGACCAUGGUCCCAACCGGUUAUACCAAGCUACAGGAGGAGCGGUUGGCCAUGGUGGACCUCGGAGCUAAACCUGAGGCUGCCUCGCUCCAGAAUGGCUACAGACAAGAAACAUCUCAUAUAGAAGGCAGACGGGUCCUGGACCGGGCCUCUCGGUCUUCUGUGUCUUUAUCUGACUGUGGAGAUGGAGGCUACUCUGAGACAGAGCCCAUGCUGGCUGAAAGGAGGCUCUCAGGAGAGGAGGCAGAUGGGGAGGAGGAGGAAGAUGAGGAGGAAGGACUGGGGUCUGAUGGGCAGAAUAUGCCCAAGGAGUCACCACUCGCUAUGGCUUUGCAGAUUUUGGUGCCUUUCCUUCUAGCUGGAUUUGGAACUGUGUCGGCUGGAAUGGUCCUGGAUAUUGUGCAGCACUGGGAGGCGUUUCAGUACAUCACGGAGAUCUUCAUCCUGGUACCUGCACUGCUCGGCCUGAAGGGGAACCUGGAGAUGACGCUGGCCUCAAGGCUGUCUACAGCGGUAAAUGUGGGCAAGAUGGAUUCUCCCAUAGAGAAGUGGAAUCUGAUCAUAGGCAACCUGGCACUAAAGCAGGUUCAGGCCACUGUGGUGGGUUUUCUGGCGGCUGUAGCGGCCGUGGUUCUUGGUUGGAUCCCGGAGGGAAAGUUUCAGAUGAGCCAUGCUGUGUUGCUCUGCUCCAGCAGCGUGGCCACGGCCUUCAUAGCCUCCCUGCUACAGGGUAUCAUCAUGGUGGGGGUAAUUGUGGGUUCAAAGAAGACGGGCAUCAACCCGGACAACGUAGCUACACCCAUUGCAGCCAGCUUUGGUGACCUCAUUACCUUGGCAAUCCUGGCCUGGAUAAGCCAGGGCCUCUACAAGUGCCUGGAUUCCUACCCGUAUGUGUCGUCCGUGGUUUGCGCCUUCUUCAUGUGUCUGACUCCUCUGUGGAUGGUCAUCUCCUCCAAGCACCCAGCCAGCCGCACCCUGCUCUAUUCCGGAUGGGAGCCAGUCAUCACCGCCAUGGUCAUCAGCAGCAUCGGAGGGCUCAUCCUGGACAAAACGGUGUCUGACCCAAAUCUGGCCGGCAUUGUAGUGUACACCCCAGUUAUCAACGGUAUUGGGGGUAACCUGGUGGCCAUCCAGUCCAGCAGGAUCUCCACCCACCUGCAUUUCCACUGUGCUCCUGGGGAGGUUCCUGACGAGGCCAAGGGCUGCUACUACCCCUGCCGUACAUUCUGUGGUACAGGAGCCAAUCAUCGCUCUGCUCAGGUGCUUCUGCUUUUAGUGAUCCCUGGUCACCUAAUUUUCCUUUACACCAUCCACCUGAUGAAGAGCGGCCACACCACGCUGACACCUAUCUUCAUGUCCGUCUACCUGGCUGCUGCUAUGCUGCAGGUGCUGCUGUUGCUGUGUAUAGCAGACUGGAUGGUUCACUCCAUGUGGCGGAGCGGCAAAGACCCAGACAGUUUCUCCAUCCCUUACCUGACAGCUCUAGGUGACCUGUUGGGCACUGCCCUGCUGGCACUCAGCUUCCACUUCCUGUGGCUCAUAGGAGACCAGGACAGCGAUGUGGGCGACUGAAAAGGCCUUUGACAAUAAUGUGGCAACGGUGACAGGAACCCUGCCGUCUGCCAUCCGACUUCUCACGCCCUUAAGCCUUGUGGGAAUGUGGGCACUCUCUGUCGCUGGCCAGCACAUUCCUCAGCUUCACAUACUGGAUGAAACUGAAACCACAUGAUGGUUUAGAAACUAUUUUCUGCUCAUGGCUUUUUUUCUACACACAAAGAACAUUAUGUUCCAUAAAUUUAGACUGUUCUCAGUAGCAAUUCUGAUCUGCAUCGUUUGCACCAAAGCACUUGGAUAUUAUAUUGCUGGUCUUGUUGAGAGGAGCAGGAAAACGGCAGCCACCACCCACAGCGCUGAUGAAACUGCUGCUGAUUGCAAGGUGGUCUACUUUGUAAGCCAAGCAUCAGUUGGAGGUCAUCUCUUUGAAAAUAUCUCUUGAUCUAGAACACGUUUUGGGGAUUUACCACCUAACGUUUCAUGAUAUUUGCUACCUGCCUUGUGUAGUAUGUCUCUGCAUCAUCAUCAGUGGAGGGACACAGACAGUAAGGAUGGAGGACCAGAGAACUGAGGUCUGGAGUCAUUGUGUUCCAGGUUAAGUCAUGAAGAUGCUGCCAAUACCAGCUUUAAAGGGAAUAACAUAGAUUUUUAGUGAUAAUACAAAAAGUCUGCUUUCCUUCCCAUGUUUAUAUUUGUGUUUUGUUGUUUCAUAUUUUGCGUUAUCCUGCAAUGUUCUCUAUACAUUUAAGGAACACUUUUCCUAGGCUGCAUCUAAGACAACAUGCAGGGGUGUCUCAUAUACAAUAUAUCUGUGUUUUUCAUUAUGUUUCUAACUUCAUCAGGGGCUCUCAGUGUUUUUGGAAAUGGGGACCAACAAGUAAAUUAAGUCGAGUUUUGCGAGCCAACUUUGUAAUGGUCUUUAAAUUGAGACAAAUCAUAAUUUUACUUGCAAGAUUCAGUUUACUAAAGAUUCUUGCACAGGAACAUGAAUGACAUAGACAAAGAUUAAAAUAGAUGGAAUUUGUCAGUUAGUUGAAAAAUAUUGCGUACACUGCAUGGUACUAAACUGUUGAUAAGUGAGCCUUUGCUAGGCCCCUCCCCUAAGAGGAAUUAACCAGUAAUAGCUUAGCAGGUGUUAGUUGGCACAGCAGCAUGGUGCAGUACUUGGUGUUUAAAAAGUUGAAUGGGGGUGUCUUCUUAAGAGAAGCCAUAAGAGCAGAUGAAUGAAACAGUCUCUGAUAACUAGCUUGCUCUCUACAAAAGUAAUUAAUUUAUCAAUUUAGCACAUUCAUCUGUGGAGUUGUAACUUGUGGGGCUGAAAGAAAAUCAUAUUGCAUUUAUUUUUUAUAGAUUUUGCGAUCUGAGUCACAAUUUUGAUGGUUAAUGGUCACUUUUGCACUUCUUUUCCAUUUAAACAAACAGAAAAAUGGUGAUAAGACUUCUGUUGCAGUUUGUAUCAAAGAAGCAUGUUCUCUUUGAUUUGGAAAAUCAGAUUUAAACUACCAUUACACCUCGAGAAUGACGUUAAGGGCUGUGAAAUGUAAGAAAAAGAAAACAAGGGUUUUUGAAAAUUCCGUCAGAAGCAAGGACAUGUCUUCUGAGGCAUUUUAAAGCUUUGGUCAUAAUAUCUACACUACCGUUCAAAGGUUCGGGGUCACUUAGAAAUGGCCUUAUUUUUGAAAGAAAAACUUUUUUUCAAUGAAGAUAACAUUAAAUGAAUGAUAAAUCCAGUCUAGACAUUGUUAAUGUGGUAAAUGACUAUUCUAGCUGGAAACAGCUGAUUUUUAAUGGAAUAUCUCCAUAGAGGUACAGAGGAACAUUUCCAGCAACCAUCACUCCUGUGUUCUAAUGCUACAUUGUGUUAGCUAAUGGUGCUGAAAGGCUAAUUGAUGAUUAGAAAACCUUUGUGCACUUAUUUUAGCGCAUGAAUAAAAGUGUGAGUCUUCAUGGGAAACAUGAGAUUGUCUGGGUGACCCCAAACUUUUGAACGGUAGUGUCUAUGUAGCAUCUUUGUAAGACUACUAGCCUUCAUUUCAAAUAGAAUGCUGUGCCGCAUUUUUCCUUUGUCAAAAAAGAUGCAGCUCCUGCGUAUGGAUAUUACACUUGAUCUUAUUACCACUUUAAUAAUAUUUCUAUAACUGUUCAACCCUAGUUUAGGUUAAAACUAGCAGCCCUGUUUUAACUCUUGUUUGUGCAUCGACAUGGAAAGACACCUGACACCCACAGAGGCAUAGUGGUAGCUAUUAUACUCUUCUAGUCUGCUGAGUCCACCUGAAAACUCUAUUGCAUUCAUGUGCAAUUUGUUGUAUCAAUGUAUUCUGCAGAUACACACUAAUUUUCCACAGAUUUUAGGCUGCACAUCCGUGGAUGGCUCUGCGUCGACUCUUAGGAACUUGGAGCGAUGAUGAAAUUUAUGUCAUGCGGACCGUUAUGGAAUGUAUAAGACAGGCCCUAUUCUUUACAUUAAAGCCAACAGCAUUACACUUACCAAACAUGUUGAUUAUCCCGCAUUGUGAAAUCAUUUUGUCUUUUAAAGUUAAAAAUAUAUAAACCGAGAGCCUGAUCUUACAUUCUCUUAUCGUACAAAUAACACUCAGGCCAAGUAGCUCUGUGAUGCAAUACGUGUAUCAGCUGGGCCAGGCAGGUUUAGUUUCAGUCUUUCAGCAGUGUAAUGUAUACAAGGUGGGCCAGAAGUAGGUUUACGUUCAGUAGGUAUGCUAAGUAGGUAUGAUAAAUUGCCUAGUGUGAAGGUGGGGAGUGUUAAAGUCUCCUUGCCAUGAUGUGUGCACCUGCUUGGCAUUUUCACACUUCCGAUACUGCUUUAGUAUCCACUUUCUUUGUUCUUGAUUUAAUUUGUUUGCAAUUGCUUACAUUCACUGUAAAAAUAAAUAAAUAAAUAAACAAACAACAUAAAAGUCAAAACCAAAAUUGUCAGAAAUAGCUUAAUAGCAUUUCCAAAACGUGAAUAAGGGAUGUGGAAUACUGAUUUGGAAUUAUGGUUGGGAUAAAUUAGAUCUAAAACGUGAAACAAAUAGUGAAACAACUGUAAGUCUACUUUUGGUCCACCCUGUAGCCAUGGAGUGCAUAUCGGAGACUUCUUGUUCAAAACAAGUCAGCUGCUGGGAACAUUAGUCAGCGUCUCGCCAGCUACAGUACAGCGACCAUCGUCAGAAACGAGAAACUAGUUUUGUCUGCCACUGUCUGAAAACAAAGACGUGUUGCUUCAGCAAAGUCAUUUGCAUAUGUGUCCUGUAAGAAUGGAAAGCUCAACAGGAACCAAGGGGAGCAGGGCCUAGCAAACGCAGAGGUGUCUCUUUGUAGCCGUUUAUCUUUUCAGCCUGUCACCAACAGGUCGAACAAUAAUACUGGUAAUUAGUAAUCAAGGAGACUGAUAACCAAUAUUUACUAUAGAUACUGAUAAUAAAAAUCCUGGUAUGAAAAUUUGGAAUAACACAAACUCCAACACAAAAAUGCCUUUAUUUAUAUUCCGCAUAUGUUGAAUUGAAAGAUAACUUUCCAACAUUUACCCUUCAGUGUUGAUUGGCUGUUUCUAAUGACAUGUGACCCGACACUGAGACAGUGCUGUGGGCGGGAUAUUGCUGUAUCGGAGCCAAUCGAGCACAUUUUUUAGCUAAUUUAUUUUGUUGGGCAAAUUUAAUAAUAGCCAUGCUCGAAAUAUCAGAUCCGAUAAUCUUCCAAACCCUACCUUCAGAAUCCUGUCAUGUUGUGUAAAUGAAAGCAGCACUUCUCCAAUCUGAAACAAACCAUAUAAUCCUUUGUGUAUCCUGUCAGCCCCCUGUGUUCCCUCUCAUUCAUUUCCUCUGUUUGUUUGCGUUGUGUUCGGGGGUUGGGGUGGGUGGGUGGGUGGGUGGGUUACACUGACCAGGACCACAUGAGUAUUUGCACGCCAAUCACAUGCUGUUUACAUGUAUGCAUAGUGUCGACACACACAGUUAAUCAGCUGUUUUCAGAAUCGCUGUGAGCUGAUUAACCGCCAGAUUUCUGCUUGACUUUAUUUACUUUCUCCAAACGUGUUGCAUUUAAAGGGUCUGAGAAUCUACUGAAGCACCCUGAUGUUAAAUCAGCCCUCGUAGCUGUGGCAGGAAUGACAUGGGGGAAAUCCUCUUGCUUAAAAAUACACUCUUCAAUUAAUCCACCUCCAUCUCAUUAUUGAGCAGCAUAUUGUGCGCAUGUGAACGUAGCCAGUGGCUCUCUUAAACUCCAAUAUGUGCCUCUUGAGAUUCACUGGUUGACAAGGUACUUUUCUCUCUGUCAUGCCAUUAAUGCCAUUUUCUUUUCUACUGCAUUGUAAUACUGUGCAAUGAGUUUCUUUUUGUACUCUUUCAGCUCUGACACUUUUUCUUUGAAGAGUUUCAUUCUAAAAUGACACAUCCACUGCUUUAAUUGCUAUCAGGAAACAACUUGCAAAUAUAAGAGAUCCUGGGGGGUGAUGUGAGUUUGGAAUGUGGAGAGAUUUUCUUUUUGGAAUGAAACUCUUUCUGCUUUUGUGGCUCGUAUGGGCCAAAAUUGUCUAAAUAAAUGUCCUUGAUUUGAAAAGCA